AUGGACCGACUCGCAGGAAGUUUCCUGAGCAACGGCGACGUCGCCAACGCCUCGUCCCUGUACAACUCAUUAGAAAAGCUGAACCCAACCAGGUACAGUCGUAUGGCGCGCAUCUGCCGUGUGCUCCUCAACCCGCAAGGGGUGCCACUGCCGCAUCGCCAUCGCGACAUCUGCGAAGCGCUUCUAGACCCUCUCGUGCCACCAGAAGUGCUCCUUUGUGACUCUGCGGAGAAUGUCCAGAAGUCGUUUCAACGCCUGGCCGUAUGCACGCAUCCCGACAAGAACCCAAGCCCGAGCGCCAACGAAGCUUUUCUUAGACUAACAAUGAUGAAGGACAAAGCGCUGGAACAGCUGCGCGAUGAGGUGGCGCGAAAGUGCGAUGGAGCACCUGAGGCCUCUCCUGGCAAGGCAGCAGCCUCGAAUGGACGCAAGAGCAAGCCCAAGACGCAGAAGCCUGGCCCUGCGGUGCCCACCGUAGCUCACAGGCGGCGGCCGUUGAGACCAGAGGUCCCUCUACCCGCAGCCGCUACUGCAGUUGCUUCGGACAUCAACACCGUCGCCGCGGUCUCCUCCACGAUUUCCCAACUGCGAAGGACCAAAAUCACCCUGAACGCUCUGAAGCGGAAGGAUAUCGCAGAUGAUUUCGAAAUCUUCAGCGCCACACAGCGCACCAUGGCGGUGCAGUCGGAGGUGAGUCUCAGUGACGUGGAGGCGGAUCACCUCGCCACCACAGUGCCGGUAAUGUCCACGAAGGAGAGAGCGCGGCGCGCGAAUCGUCGGCGAUCGCAGUCCAGCGCCCCACAGGAAAAGACAGCUACUGUGCCUCGUGCGUCGUCCCCCAACGCGAGCCCAUUGCUCUCCGGCAGCCUCUAUGAUGCGAUGCCGGUGUCCUCACACAAACCGCCAUCCCCAUCGCCUCAGACAUUAGAAGGUCCCACCGGGAGUGUCAAGAGCAGCGGUGCCGGUGGUCGCGAUGUGUCAGCCCUCUACUCACCAUCCAUCCCCACUGCCGCCUUCCCCGCUGACAGUGAUGCGAUCCGGCGGCAGAUUGACGAAGCAUGUCUUCGCUUGCGAGAGAUGCGCCUGCAGCAUACCACGGUGCGCCUCGAUCUCGACCUUAGCUUUGAAGCGUACGAGCGCAGCAAGCAGCCACAGUGA